AUGGCAGAGGCUAGUUCAAAUGAUCAGAACUCUUUCAACUGUCCAAUUUGUCUGGACCUGCUGAAGGAGCCAGUGACUAUUCCCUGUGGACACAGCUACUGUAUGAUGUGCAUCAAGAACUACUGGGAUCAUGUUCAGAGAGGGGGAUACAGCUGCCCACAAUGCAGACAGACCUUCACUCCAAGACCUGCUCUCAACAAGAACACACUUAUUGCUGAAAUGGUGGAGAAAAUAAAGACGAUGUUGAACGCACCGGCCUCUGGACCUGGAGACGUAGAGUGUGAUUUCUGCACUGGGAGGAAACAGAAAGCCGUGAAGUCCUGCCUGGUCUGUCUGGCUUCUUACUGUGAGACUCACCUCCGACCUCACCACGAAUCUCCUGCCUUUAAGAACCAUAGCUUGGUCCAAGCCACCAAACAACUCCAGGAGAGGGUCUGCUCUCUACAUCAGAAACCUCUGGAGGUUUUCUGUCAUACUGACCAGCUCUGCAUUUGCGUUGUUUGUGCAAUAGACAAACAUAAAAGGCAUAAGGUGGCAACUGCUGCAGCUUACAGAGAGGAAAAACAGAAGCAGCUCUGGAAUAUUAAGUCUGAGUUCCUACAGAGGAUCAUGGAUAAGGAAACUGACCUUCGAAUGUUGAAGAGGGCUGUAGAAUCUCACAAGUCCUCGGCACAGGUGGCCAUAGAGUGUACUGAAAAGAUCUUCAGUGAGCAUUUAUCCUUCCUUUUGAGAAAACAGUCUGAAGUGGUGGAGAUGAUCAAAGCUCAGGAGAGGGCUUCAGUGAGGCAAGCUGAAAUUCUCCUGGAGGAACUGGAGCAGGAGAUUGCUGAUCUCAAGAGGAGAACCGAUGAGAUUGAGGAGCUUUUACAAACACAUGAUCACAUUCACUUCCUCCAGAGUUUCCAGUCUCUGUCUGCCCCUAUCGAGGCUAAAGACUUGCCCACCCUCAGUGAUAACAGCACCUUUGCAGAUGUAGAGAAAUCUCUCAGUGAGCUUAAAGACCAACUAGAAGAUUUCAGCACAGUGACCAUUGGCAGGAUAGACAAAGAAGUUAAGGCUGUUGAAAUACUUAAGAAGCCUGAACCCAGAACCAGAGAGGAGUUUCUCCAACAUUCCUGCCAGCUCACCCUGGACACCAACACAACAAACCGGCUACUGUGGCUCUCUGAAGGGAACAAAAAGGUGACCUGCAGUAAGGAAGGCACUUUGCACCCUAGUCAUCCAGAGAGAUUUGUUGAAUAUGAGCAGGUUCUGUGCAGAGAGGGUCUGGCAGGAUGCUGUUACUGGGAGUUGGAGUGGAGUGGGAAGCUUGGGGUCUCUAUAGCAAUGGCUUAUAAAGGGCUACAGAGGGCUGGUUUGGACAGUCUGUUUGGCCGUAAUCAUCAAUCAUGGAGAUUAAGAUUCACUGAAAAAAACUGGCACUUCUGGCACAACGAUAAUAAGUCUGAAGUCCCCAAAGUGCCCAAUUGCUCUAGAAUAGGAGUAUAUUUGGAUCACGAGGCAGGAACUCUGUCCUUCUACAGCGUUUCUGACACAAUGACCCUCCUACACAAAGUCAAGACCAAGUUCAAUAGACCUCUCUACGCCGGGUUUAAGAUCAACUGUGAUUCAACCUUAAGAAUUUGUGACUUAUGA